GCCGGCCCAACCGGUGUGAGGACACAGGGCCGGCCUUCCUGCAGCGUCUUCCGCUCGCCGGUUGCGGCGCCUAGGACGGUUGCGGUGGGUCUGGGCGCUGGGAAACCGUCCAAGAUGAUUAAAAAAUUCGACAAGAAGGACGAGGAGUCUGGUAGUGGUUCCAAUCCUUUCCAGCAUUUGGAGAAGAGUUCUGUCCUGCAGGAGGCACGCAUAUUCAAUGAAACUCCCAUCAAUCCAAGAAGAUGCUUGCAUAUCUUGACGAAGGUCCUUUACUUACUCAAUCAGGGUGAGCACUUCGGAACUGUGGAAGCUACAGAAGCCUUCUUCGCAAUGACUCGGUUGUUUCAGUCUAAUGAUCAAACGCUGAGGAGAAUGUGCUACCUUACCAUCAAGGAAAUGGCUACCAUCUCUGAGGACGUGAUCAUCGUCACAAGCAGUCUGACUAAAGACAUGACUGGAAAGGAAGAUGUGUACCGAGGCCCAGCCAUCAGGGCUCUCUGCAGAAUCACAGAUGGAACAAUGUUGCAAGCUAUUGAAAGGUACAUGAAGCAGGCCAUUGUGGAUAAGGUCCCCAGUGUAUCCAGUUCAGCACUGGUAUCCUCCUUACACAUGAUGAAGAUAAGCUAUGAUGUGGUUAAACGGUGGAUAAAUGAAGCCCAAGAAGCUGCAUCGAGUGACAACAUCAUGGUGCAGUACCAUGCAUUGGGUGUGCUUUAUCACCUUAGGAAGAAUGAUCGGCUUGCUGUCUCCAAGAUGUUAAAUAAAUUUACCAAAUCUGGUGUCAAAUCACAGUUUGCGUAUUGUAUGCUGAUUCGAAUUGCUAGUCGCUUACUAAAAGAAAGUGAGGACGGUCAUGAAAGUCCACUCUUCGAUUUCAUUGAGAGCUGCUUACGAAAUAAACAUGAAAUGGUCAUUUAUGAAGCUGCUUCUGCCAUUAUUCAUCUUCCUAACUGUACUGCCAGAGAGUUGGCACCUGCCGUUUCAGUUCUUCAACUUUUCUGUAGCUCUCCUAAGCCAGCCUUGAGAUAUGCAGCUGUGCGGACCUUAAACAAAGUGGCAAUGAAGCAUCCCUCUGCUGUUACUGCCUGCAACCUGGACUUAGAAAACUUAAUCACGGACUCAAACAGAAGUAUCGCUACGCUGGCCAUUACUACAUUGCUCAAAACAGGAAGUGAGAGCAGUGUGGACAGGCUUAUGAAGCAGAUAUCUUCUUUUGUGUCUGAAAUCUCAGAUGAAUUCAAGGUGGUGGUUGUACAGGCAAUUAGUGCUCUCUGCCAGAAGUACCCACGGAAACACAGCGUUAUGAUGACGUUCCUUUCCAACAUGCUUCGAGAUGAUGGAGGUUUUGAAUACAAAAAGGCCAUCGUGGACUGCAUAAUAAGCAUUGUGGAAGAGAACCCUGAGAGUAAAGAAGCUGGCCUAGCCCACCUCUGCGAAUUCAUUGAGGACUGUGAACACACCGUCCUGGCUACUAAGAUUCUCCACUUAUUGGGCAAAGAGGGCCCUAGAACACCUGUCCCCUCCAAAUAUAUCAGAUUCAUUUUUAAUAGGGUGGUCCUGGAGAACGAGGCUGUCAGAGCUGCUGCUGUGAGUGCUUUGGCUAAAUUUGGAGCUCAGAAUGAGAGCCUUCUCCCAAGCAUCCUUGUACUCUUACAAAGGUGUAUGAUGGAUACAGAUGAUGAGGUACGGGACCGAGCUACCUUCUACCUGAAUGUGCUACAGCAGAGACAGAUGGCCCUGAAUGCUACAUAUAUCUUGAAUGGUCUGACAGUCUCUAUACCAGGGAUGGAAAAGGCCUUACACCAAUAUACAAUGGAGCCGUCAGAAAAACCGUUUGAUAUGAAGUCUAUUCCUCUUGCUAUGGCUCCUGUCUUUGAACAGAAGUCAGAAAUCACGCUUGUGACUCCUAAGCCAGAGAAGUUGGCUCCUUCCAGGCAAGAUAUUUUCCAAGAACAACUGGCUGCCGUUCCUGAGUUUAUGAAUCUGGGGCCCUUGUUCAAGUCUUCCGAGCCGGUCCAGCUCACGGAGGCAGAGACAGAGUACUUCGUGCGCUGUAUCAAGCACAUGUUUACUGACCAUAUCGUGUUCCAGUUUGACUGUACCAACACUCUGAAUGACCAGCUGCUGGAGAAAGUAACAGUGCAGAUGGAACCAUCCGAUUCCCAUGAAGUACUGUGCUGCAUCCCAGCUCCCAGCCUUACUUACAAUCAGCCGGGAAUAUGCUACACACUUGUGCGCUUGCCGGAGGAGGAUCCUACAGCAGUUGCAGGCACCUUUAGCUGUACCAUGAAGUUUACAGUCCGGGACUGUGACCCUAACACUGGAGUUCCAGAUGAAGAUGGAUAUGAUGAUGAAUAUGUGCUGGAAGAUCUUGAAGUAACUGUGUCGGACCAUAUGCAGAAGGUACUAAAACCUAACUUUGCUGCUGCCUGGGAGGAGGUGGGAGACGCCUUUGAAAAAGAAGAGACCUUUGCCCUGAGCUCUACAAAAACCCUCGAAGAGGCUGUCAACAACAUCAUCACAUUUCUGGGCAUGCAGCCAUGUGAGCGAUCAGAUAAAGUCCCGGAGAAUAAGAACUCCCAUUCCCUCUACCUGGCAGGCAUAUACAGAGGUGGCUAUGACUUAUUGGUGCGGUCCAGGCUGGCCUUAGCAGAUGGAGUGACCAUGCAGGUGACUGUGAGAAGCACAGAGAGAGCACCUGUAGAUGUUAUCUUGGCUUCUGUGGGAUAAGCUUUUGCUGGGAAAGAUGAUGUGGCUGUGCCCUCCCUAUUGGUGGUUUUUAGGCUAGUGGCAUGAAUGUCCCAGAAUCAUACUUAAAGAUUAAUAAUGACCUUGAAGAAGCAAAUCCAAUGUUUGGCCCUGAGCCAGCAGAUCAAGCAAAUAUUUGUCUUUGUGCAUGGAUUUUAGUGUCUCUUCCCUUCUUACUGUCUUACUUGCUCAGCUUGGGUAUGACAGUGCAGCUUUAAGUGACGUUGAAAAUCGGAUACUAUGUAUGCUACUCUGCAGCUGCUUAGCUUCAUCAUAUGCUUUUAUUUAAUGUGUGAAAACUCUUGGCAAUGUUGGAAACUUUUAUCCCAGGAGGGGGAGGGGAAGCCAGAAUCCAUUUUUGUCACAGUUUGUUUUUAUUAAUAGAAAAUAAACACUCAUUCAUUCCA